AUGAAUUUCAGAUAAGAUCAAAUUGAUUAUAAGGAUCUGGUGCGAAGGAGAGAGGAGAAACGCCUGGUCAUUGGAAAGAAGAAGAAUCAAUUUGCUACAAGUAUCAAGCUUAUUAACAACGUAGAUUCACUUUCAAAUAAUGAAGAGGUGUACAAACAGUUAUAUCGCUUUGAUCCAGAGAGAGAAUUAUUGAGCGAGUACAGUCUAGCUAAGAAUGAGGAACAGCCUAUCUAAUAAGCAGGGCCCAUAGAACAGUCACAAGAGGAGCCAAUAGAGAGGUAGGAGCAAGUAUUGAUUGGAUAAUAAAAUUAGGCUUAGCCAGACAAUGUCACAUAUACAGGAAUGGUGAAGGGAUUAUUUAAGGAGAAGGUGCAAGUAUCUAAAAUACAAAAAGCCAAUUACAUAGAUGCUACUGUCUUCCAUUAAUAUUAGAAAUUAAUUUAAACUGGGGAAGAUGCCAUCAAAUUUUUUGCCAAGUACGGAAACACUACUCCAAUUAAAUUCAUUAAUUGUGUGAGCAAGGCUGGAUUCAUUGAACUCUAAUGCGAAGCUUACAAUAAGAAAGACAAAUUGAGACGUCAAAAUAACACUGAGGGCGCUGAACUUGAGUUGCCUAUGGAAUUCAAUAAAAGUAAAGAACCCUUCCGACCUUAUGACCUGAUUGUUGUCAAAACAAGGGAAAACCAAAAGGAAUAGACAUUAAGAGAAUAUUAUACCAUAUCUGCCCAUGGAAUUGUCCAUGUUUAUACUGAUAAAGGGAAGAAGAGAAUGCAAGGUGAUUCUAGCACUGAAGUCAUCUCACUUUCUGAUUGGAUGCAUGAGAGUACUAUGUUCAAUAUUAUCACCAAUAUUUAAUUUUUCAAAAAUUAUGCCAUAACCAAAAUCUUUAAUAUUUGGAAAUCCAACGUCAGAUACAAUCUAUUUAGUAAGACCAGAAAAAGGUUGAUACAUGAAUCCUUUGUAGCCAAAGCCAGCCUUUGCUCAGCACUUGAUGGACAUCAAUCAAAUGAUGUAUGA